AGAAGCAGACCGAGUCCCGAAGACAUUUCAUCAAGAAGAAAAAAUGUGAAGCGGGAUCAUUUAACAAGUGAAACCAGCAGGCCUCCUCUCCUUUAUAUUACACAUCCUGUACGCCAGAAGCAGAAGGAGGUUCACCGGAUAGGCUCAAUUACCUUCCUGGUUGGAAAGACACCUAGAAAAAUCCGCAGGAAGCAGUUUGAGGAGAUGGCAGAUCUUUUUCAUAAAGCUCCUGUGGAAGAAUUUGCGAAGCACAUCACUCAAACUACAUCAGAAGAAAGGCAGAAAAUGUUAAAAGAAUUUUACAGUGCAAAAUAUCCAGAGUUAAAAGAUGUUUUAAAAGUUCAUGUCCCAGAUCCUGUUUCAGAAGGAAAUGGAGAAGGCAGCAAAUAUAAAAGCAAGUUUAGGAAAAAAUCCUCCAUUUGUAACCAUGGGCAAUUGAAGCCUGAUCUUCCUAUAAAGCCUGAUCUUCUUAUAAAUCUGGGAGUUCCAGGUAGAUCUGAUGCUGAAGAAAAACAACUUCAGUAUAAGCUUUCUGUACAGGCUCCUGGGGGUCAAAACGGGGAAGAUAAACAAUUGCCAGCUGAUAUUCUCGAAGACAGCAUUAAUGGGAGAAACAGUCAGGCAUCCAAAGACUUUAUGGCAUCUGAGUCACCAGCCGGUAAAUCAAGAAUAAUUGAGGGGCUGUCUGCAUGGAGUUCUAAAGGACAGCUGAAUUUGAAGGGGACACUGUCACCCAAAAAACGUCUUAUGUCUGACUCAGAAAGCAGACAGGCUGAAAUCUGCCAGAAAAAAGCUGUUGCAGACUUGCUAGGAGACACCUCCAUUUUAAAUGACCUCUUCAAAAGUAAUGAAAAUAGUCCAGCCGAGAUACCCAGGAGGCCUCUUAAUGGGCCUGCCGAAAAAGCAGCAACUCGACAAAAAGAUUUCUGGGACAUGCUGAAUGAAGAGAAUGAGGAGUGUCUCCAAAGACUCACAGAUGUGACAGCCAUAGAGAAACUGUGUGAAAGAGCAUCUUUCACUUCUUUGUUCAAAGAGAAAGAAGAGAGUGAGGAAUCCCUUUGGAAGGAAAAUGACAAUUUCUUAUGGAAAAUAGAUAAGAAACCUGACACAGAUGAUGAUUUUUUUUCUG